AUGGACAGGCUGGUGCUGGAGCAGUUCAUGAUCUGCAUGCCUCUGGAGUGCCAGGUCUUGGUCAAGGAAAGUGGUGUGGAGAGUUGCCAAGAGCUGGAGGACAUGCUGAUAAAUCAGCAGAAACCCAAAAAGUGGGAUAAGAAAGGUUUCCUGCCAGCGACCAUUCCUGACCCACGUGUACGGGAGGGUCGGACACCCAAGGAGAACAUGGAGCAAGACCUGGUGGAAGACAAAGAAGACACAAGAACCCCCACUCAGUCUCAAGAGCCAGAGCUUCGGAAGGGUCCUGAGACAGAAGAGCCAACUGCGGGUGGAAACAGAGGAGAAUCGGUGAGGCGUCUGACACGUUCCAAACGCAGACGGGCCAGCAGUCUCACUUCCCAAGAAGGGCUUCAAGAAGGAGCCCCGUCUUUGGACACAGGCAGAUGCUCAGGACAACCUCAGACCUCUUCUGCUUGUUCAGCAGGCAGGGUGAAAACAACCAGUCAUGCCAAGGGCAAAGAAGCCCCGGGAGGGACAGACUAUCAGUGUCGAGAAUGCAACAAGAGGUUUCAUUAUAGGUCUCAGUUUACUCUUCACAAGAGGACACACACGGGAGAGAGGCCCUUCCAAUGCAGUCUUUGUGCCAAAGCGUUCAUGCAGCCCUCGGACCUGCGAGUCCACCAGCGAAUCCACACGGGCGAGAAGCCAUACCGCUGUGACACCUGCAGCAGGGACUUCACCCACGAUUCCACGCUGCGAGCUCACAAGAGGACCCACACCAAGGAGAGGCCUUUCCCUUGUGAGCAAUGUGACAUGGCCUUCAGCCACCGGGGGAACCUCAACGUCCACCGACGCACCCACUCUGGGCUCAAGCCCUACGUGUGUCCCGAGUGUCACGGCGCCUUCCGCCAGCUGGGCACUUUCAAACGCCACCAGAAAACACAUUUAAAGCGACCCCUAGGAGUUCCCAUUGCGGCUCAAUGA